UCAGGAACUGCCAGUGCACAGAGAACAGUCAGUGUGGGGUAAUAAAGUGCAGACCUCUAGAGGCAUUUAUCACCAUUUCACUUUCUUUGCUCUAUUUGUAGUGUAACAGAAGGAAAAAAAUAUAAAGAAGGAUAAGUUUGUUUUCCAGCUUUUGUUCCUUAUGUAACAGAGAGAAAUCUAGAUAGAGCUGUAUGCCUGAGAAGAUUAUACAUUACAGAAUGGAGGGUUGUGUCAUUUCAUCAUCAUCAGAUGAAAUUGUUACAUACGAUCAAGUUUUCCGACCGCAGUAUGAUUUUUACCCAUACUUACCCGGUGAUGCAGAUGGUCAUAUGGAGAGUGGAUGGGACUACCACACUGAUCACGCUCACCAGAGUGAGCUGGACGUCCCUUCAAGUAGUCACUUCACUGAACUACACCCUGCCACCUACUACUAUGGCGAUGUGGAGUCUUACCACCCACCUCUGGAUUCAGGCCUGGGGGCUUUUGUGCCUGUGGUCGCACCUCAGUUUGCGUAUGUCUCUCACCCACUGUACCAGCGCUCUCCUGCUGCCCACUGCAGCACAGACGAUGAGGAUGCAGGGGCACGCAGUCCACCAUUUGAGGUGUCUGAGGGAGAAGAGGACCAUGGGGCACACCUUGCUAGCACAUCCACUAGCUUAACAGGCAACAAAAGAAAAAUGCGUCUCUAUCAGUUCCUUUUGGAGCUGCUCAGAGAGGGGGAUAUGAAAGAAUGCAUUUGGUGGGUGGACAGAGAGAGAGGCACCUUUCAGUUCUCUUCCAAACACAAGGAGAUGCUGGCCAGCCGCUGGGGCCUACAGAAGGGCAACCGCAAGAGAAUGACCUAUCAGAAGAUGGCUAGGGCCCUGCGCAACUAUGGCAAGACAGGGGAGGUGAAAAAAAUCAAGAAGAAACUUACAUACCAGUUCAGUAGUGAGGUGCUGAGGAGGAUGCCGGCAGAGAAAAAAUAUCACUGAGAGAGGAUUCCCAUGGAAUGCUCUUGCUACACAAAGCAGGGCUUUUUUUUCCCCCUCAACUUUUUCCUCAGGGACUCCACAUACACUAUAUCUAGAACAUUUUUGGGCAUGGGGUAUGUUUUAGGAUUCUGCUUCCUUCUGCACUCAACCAUGGAAACUAAAAUUUGAAAAUGAUAGACAGUAUGACAAGUUCCAUAUUUCUGAGAGGCCUAAAAGCAGGUUUCUAUGUGGAUUGUUAGUGAAAUGGGAAAACUACUGUUAAUAGCAGUUGAAUGUAUCUGUGUGGAUUAGGGAACUUCUUGUGUACUGUCCCCUAUAGGAUAUACAUUUACACUGCACAAACAAAAUCCAUAAUAGUUUUUAUUUUUACAUCAUCCUGACUAUUUUCUACCUACAAUUCUGCUUAAACAGUAAUGACACAGAAUAACAUGUUACAUAUAUACACACUUUAUUUAUAUUUUUCAAUAAUGGCACAUAAACUCCAAAUUUAAGGGCCUUUGUGGUGGUUUGCUGACAUUUGAAAUGGAAGAAGGAAUCCGAUUUCAAUAAAAGUAUAUAUGAAAACUUAA